AUGGAGCACAACAACAUCAACACAGACGAAAACAACAGCAACAACAGGAACAUGGAUGAAGAGGGCAGCUACAUGGGUGUUCCAAUUCACAGCCAAGUGAUGAAGAUCAAGCAAGAGUUUGAGAAAAUCAAGCACCCGUCUCUGGAGCAGCCUGCAGAGCUGGGACUGAGACGGGUCCUUCUCCGCCAGAUUACUCGCCAGCGUUCGCGUUCUCCGCUGGGACUGGCUGCAUAG